CUUCCAUUAUGUAGCAAAUAUGUAGUAGCCGUGUAGAGUUUUUUUCUUCACAGUGUGUUAUCGGUGCCCAUAUUUUUCUUUUUUGUUGAAAUUGAAAUUGCACUGCCAAAGGAGGAGAUAUCAUGACUGAUAAGGGCAAACUGUCUGUGGCUGUUGUCUGUUCCUCCAACAUGAAUCGCUCCAUGGAGGCGCACAAUUUUCUGGCCAAGAAGGGUUUCAACGUGCGCUCCUACGGCACCGGCGAGCGCGUCAAGCUGCCCGGCAUGACCUUUGACAAGCCGAAUGUUUACGAGUUCGGGACCAGCUACGAGGACAUACACCGCGACCUGGAGUCUAAGGACAAGGAGUUCUACACACAAAACGGUCUGCUGCAUAUGCUAGACCGCAAUCGCCGACUGAAAAAGGCCCCAGAACGCUUUCAGGAAACCAAAGAAAAGUUUGAUAUUAUUGUUACCGUAGAGGAACGUGUCUACGACUUAGUGGUGUUGCACAUGGAAUCCAUGGAUUCAGUCUACAAUCGCCCCGUUCACGUGCUAAACGUCGACGUGGUGGACAAUGCCGAGGAUGCUUUGAUGGGGGCAUUUCUGAUAACAGAUAUGAUUAAUUUACUGGCCAAAUCAAAUGAUCUCGAUAAUGAUAUUGAUGAAAUGAUACAGGAAUUUGAAGAGCGUCGCAACCGAGUGAUCCUGCACUCAGUUCUCUUUUACUGACGACCGACAUUCAUCAAUGGUACUUGUAUUUUUCCUAUCCAUCACCUGCGCUUUAGCUACAUAUACUACAGUCCAUUUGUGAGACGGAGUGAGGCGGGAUUUGCAGCAUACCAACUUUAAUAAUGGGAGCCAUAGGAAAUGUACAUAAGUUGACCGCGAAAGCGAGAUUUAGAUUAUUUAAACAACAAAUUGACAGAUACACACACAGACAACUGACAGCCCCAUACAUCAUUUGACACCGUUGUUGGUUUUUAGAAACUGCAUUCGCCCCAUAGAUAUGAUAUGUAUGUGUGUCUUACGACAAGUGACAGCCAUCACAAUACGCUGAAGGGUUAUCGGCUUGAAUACUUUUCAUUUAUGUCAUAUGUUUGUAUGUGUGAGCGUCCAACUCUUUUUAAUACCAAUUACCAAUACGGAGUACCAUCGGUGGUACUUCAACAAUUCUAGCUAGUUCCAUCAUUUCCCCACCUGGCAGCUCUGGCUGGGUAACGAUCUGGCUCCCCCUUUUUCACAAAAAAACGCAUGCGACGACGGCGUCACACAAUACACACACCCAUGCACAUCCAUUCUUACGAUUUUCGUACAGUGAAUGCCUGUGUAUGAGUAUGCACAACAGAGAACCGGCACUGGCCGAACAGACCAGGAGCGCAUUCAGCCCUCAAGGGUGGGGGGCCCAUAGCUUUUUUAUUUAAAGAAACUUAACAAUAAAUACAAAUUAGACACCUAAUCGAAUCAGUGGCAGUAGAGCAUUGUAGACUGGCUGUUAGUUUCAAACAAUCGCCGAA